AUGGAAAAGCUUGAGGUUGUGGCAGUUACCGGAAUGGUUAUUUUGUCCCUCUUCGCCAUCAUCGGAAAUACUACUAUUAUCGCCCUGUUCUUCAAGGUCCGCAGUCUGCAAACCCCCUCAAAUAUAUUCGUAGUAUCACUGGCGUUUACAGAGCUUUUUGUUGGUGGUAUUUUAUAUCCUGUGCAAUGCUUAUUUGAUUUUAAAGUUAUAAAUGACAACCCAGGAUGUAUCAUUUUUGCGUGCUUAGCCAUGGCAACGGCACUCGUUCAUGUACUCACCAUAUUGUCCCUAUCCAUCGAACGACUCGUUACUAUCUGCAAACCAAUGGUGUACUCGACAAUUAUUACAGAGAAGAGAUGCUAUACCACUUUGUUUCUGAUUAGUGUCUACUCGUUGUUAAAUGGUCUUCUGCCAGUAAUCACUCCGAUUGGUGUAACGUCUUCUCUUCAAAAGGACUGUCGAAUGGACAGAGUGUUAGUAUCGGAAGUCUAUGUAUUGUGGCUAUACGCUAACUGGAUUUUGUCUCUUUUGGUGGUCAUCAUCAUAUCUAUUAAGCUGUUCUUUGUUGUACGUCGGCACAGCAGGGCAAUAGCGGCAACUGAAUUACAGAGAGCCACAACCAGGGUUGCAGUAAAUCGAAAUGAGACAAAUUCAAGGUUUAAACUGAAACGCGAAGCGAAAUCCGCUUUUUUGUUGAUCUCGAUUGUUGUGUACCUCACAAUCACCUGGAUACCCCGUAUUGUGGCAACACUGAUCAAAGAUGAAAGUCAAUUGGUUCACAUGAUUACUCACUUUCUUAUCUACAGCAACACUGUAGCGACUCCGUUCAUUUAUGGAUUCGGCAACAAGUUGUAUCGGCAACAUUUUAUAUCAAUGCUAAGAUCAUAG